GGCUUGCCUUUCGCCUCGCCCUUUCUUUGUUUCUCGUUCCCUCUGAAAGAAGCGGGGGCAUCUGAACAUCGUGAAGAGGAUCAGGGCCAUGGCGCCAGAACCUCCGCCCAGCGAAACCUUGUUUGUGACUGGCCUACCCAUAGAUUGUACCAAUGAGUACGGCAAGGAGAUCUUUGCGCAGUACGGUACGGUGAAGGAAGUCACGACGCUGCCCGUCAGCGCGGGCAAGAACGCCAAGGCUGCCUUUGUCAUAAUGGAGACGGUGGACGACGCCAAGUGGAUCGUGGAGCAUGUGAAUGGCAACGUGCCCCAGAAUUUAACAGACCCGGUGACCGUGGUCUUCGCAACGCCUAGAGCCGACCGGGCGAAAGGCAAGGGCAUGAAGGGAAUGAAAGGAAUGAUGGGCAUGAUGAACAUGAUGAUGAACCCCUGGGGUGGCUGGGGUGGCGGCGGCGGCGGUGGCGGCGGCGGCUGGGGCGGCAAGGGCGGCUACGAACCCUAUAAGACGGGAUACUACGACAACCAGUGGGAGAUGGGCAGCAAGGGCAAGGGCAAGGGUCCACCAGGAAAAGGUGGCAUGGGCUUUCCGGGCGGCGGCAUGGGCGGCAAAGGCUUCAUGAAAUGAGAUUCGUCUACGCCGCAGAGCUGCUGACCAUCCAAGGUUGAAGCUUCGUUUUCUGGAGUGCUACUUGGGUGUCCAUUCAUUUUGAGACGAACCCCAACAAUGAGAAGCUUUGAGCUGGAAACCCGUGAAGCUCAGAAUUCACCAACUCUAGCGACCUGGGUCGUUCCAUCGCUGUGAAAAAUAACUCGCUUCUCCGACUUUUGGAGUGCGAGGAAGGAUCCACAUAAAUUGGAUCCUGAAGAAAUUGGAUAUUUAAUGAAAAAACAAAGACAUCGAACCAAUAAUAAGCAA